UGAAAUACUAUUUUUAGCUUACAUCAAAAGUAGAUAAAUUUGUAGAGAAUAAACAUUUGUUUCUUGUAUAAUUAUGAUAAAUAUUAGAUUACUGUGGAGAUCUAUUUGUGGAGUCCCAGUAAGGCACUCUUUAUCAACAGCACACAGCAGUCGAUCUCUCUUUCUCUUCGUUCGAAAUCGAAAUCGCUUUCCUCGGCAUCAAACAGAUAUCAAAAGCCGCUUGGUCUUAUCUCCUUCUGAUUUCAAAUCCAGAUUAAGUGUUACUCAAAUUCGUUUUUCAAGCACCAUGUCGUCGUUUACGUAUCCAAUUGCUAAACGCACAGAUUUUUCUGAAAACUUGCACGGAAUUGCGGUUGAAGAUCCCUACCGCUGGCUUGAAGACCCAGACUCUGCUGAAACACAGGAAUUUGUUCGUCUUCAGAAUGAGCUCACAACACCCUAUAUUCAGGGGAGUCCAGCUUUGUCCAGUAUCAAAACAAGACUGACAGAGCUGUGGAAUUUUCCCAAAUAUUCUUGCCCAACAAAAAAGGGGAAUCAUUACUUCUUUUAUAAAAACUCUGGCCUCCAAAACCACAGUGUUCUGUUUGUGCAAGACUCUUUAGAGUCGGAACCCAGGAUCUUUUUGGAUCCCAAUACCUUAUCAGAUGAUGGAACUGUAUCUCUUUCAAUGAAAAAAUUUUCAGAAGAUGGUGAAAUCUUUGCGUAUGGUCUUAGUCAGAGUGGCUCAGACUGGAACUCCAUACAUUUCAAAUGUGUCAAAACUGGUGAAGAUUUUCCUGAAGUUCUUGAAAAGAUAAAAUUUUCUUCAAUAUCAUGGACCCAUGAUCACAAAGGAGUGUUCUACUCAUGCUAUCCUGAACAACAAGGAAAAACUGAUGGUUCAGAAACCACAUCUAAUGAAAACCACAAGUUAUUUUAUCAUCGGAUUGGAACGCAACAAAGUGAAGAUAUUCUUGUUGUAGAAUUUCCGGAAGAACCCAAAUGGCGAAUUCAAGGAGGAGUUACCGACUGUGGACGUUAUUUAAUAGUAACAACCGGACGAGACUGCCAAUACAACAACGUCUACUUUUGUGAUCUCACUGCCUUGCCAAAUCAAGCAAUCAGCGGUAAACUCGAACUGACCACCGUAGUUGACAAGAUGGAAGCGGAUUACGAAUAUGUAACUAAUACCGGUUCAGUGGUGGUUUUCCGUACCAACAAGGAUGCCCCCAACUAUCGAUUGAUUCAAAUUGACUUCAAUCAACCGGAACGUGAGCAAUGGAAAACUCUGCUGGAAGCUGAUCCCUCAGACGUUUUAGAUUGGGUCGCUUGCAUAAACAAAGAUAAACUCAUCGUCUGCUAUAUGCACGAUGUCAAGAAUAUUUUGCAAUUGCGCGAUUUGCAAAAUGGUCAACUAUUGAAAACGUAUGCUCUUGAAAUGGGUACCGUGCGUGAGUUCUCUGGAAAAAACACUUCGUCCGAAUUUUUCUUCCAAUUUGGUUCGUUUUUAACUCCUGGCGUCAUUUAUCGAUGUGAUAUCGGAGAAUCGGUGGAAGCCGAGCCAACCGUUUUCCGCCAAAUUGAACUUAACGGAUUCGAUCCAUCUCUUUUUGAGACUCAGCAAGUUUUUUACCCGUCCAAAGACGGCUCACGCAUCCCAAUGUUCAUCGUCAAGAAAAAGACUGUCGUCUUGGAUGGGACUAAUCCUUGUCUUAUGUAUGGAUAUGGCGGGUUCAACAUCAGUCUUGAACCAGCCUUCAGUGUGACCCGAAUCGUGUUCAUGCAACAUUUCAACGGCGUGUUCGCUGUUCCCAACAUACGUGGAGGAGGAGAGUAUGGUGAAGCGUGGCACGAUGGUGGGCGUCUAUUCAACAAACAGAACUCAUUUGAUGACUUCCAUUCGGCCGCUGAAUAUCUAAUCGCCAAUGGCUACACUUCCCGCUCAAAGUUAGCUAUACAAGGUGCAUCUAAUGGUGGUUUGUUGAUAGGAGCUUGCGUCAACCAACGUCCUGAGCUGUACGCCGCUGGCAUUGCCCACGUCGGUGUAAUGGACAUGCUGCGGUUCCACAAGUUUACCGUGGGUUAUUGUUGGGUGUCCGACUACGGCAGUCCCGAAGAGAAGGCGGCAUUUGAGAAUUUGUUGAAAUUCUCACCGCUACAUAACUUGAAAGUACCUGAAACUGGCCAAUACCCGGCGAUGCUGUUGCUCACGGCCGAUCACGACGACCGUGUCGUGCCGUUGCACUCGCUUAAAUAUAUGGCCCAGAUGCAUCACACGUUCAGGGACUGUCCAAAACAGACCAACCCGCUCAUGAUACGCAUCGAAACUAAAGCCGGUCAUGGUGCCAACAAACCCACCUCGAAAAUCAUUGACGAACACAGUGAGGUCUUUGCGUUUUUGGCUCGUGCCCUGAAUCUGGAAUUCCAAUCGUGAAAAUGCGAAGGCUGCAAUCAAUCCAACUCGUCGAACUCUCUCCUCUUAGGAUCAUCGACAGAAACGAACUUGGUUAGUUAAGUAGUAAUUAAUGAAACUAGGAUAAAACACAACCACACAAAAUUAAAAUUCUUAAUCCGUGCAAUGUACAACAAACAUUAUCAGUUUUUUUUUCUCUAUCCCACACCAUGAUUCUAAUUGGGGUCUGAACUCUAGACUCAUAAGGUUUCAAUAGCCGAAACGAUUACUAAAGUGUCGAUCAAUACAGAAAAUAAUGCGCCUUA